GGAAAAGAUUAUACCGGCAAUCGUGGAAAUUCGUAGCAAUCGGACAGGAUGGGAGGAUUGCAGGCGGCUUGGUCCAUCAUGUCGAUGGUGACGCUGACACCGUUCUUUGCUUUCCUGUUUACCAUCGUGUUUAUGGCAUCGAUCGGAAAAUCGUUCGGUGUGAGGCGGCUCUACGUGGAUCUGUUGGUGAAAAUCUUCGAGUUCGGUCGACAAAACAUUGAAUCCGUGCGGAAGCAACAGUUCGCAAACAUUACAAAAUCAGAUGCCGAAGAUGAGGACACACCUACCGGCGAUGGUCUAAGCACGGAAACAGUCGAUACAGGCGAUGGCACAGGUAGGACAAACACAAACGGCAACAUCCCGAACGGUACCAGCCAUCGGUAUAUGAACGGGCGUGACAAUUCAUCACACAUUGCGAACGGUGGCAAUACUGUCAUUAGUCGAGCCGAAUCGCUUAUCCUUUCGCCGGAAGUAAUCGACGACACGCGCAGCAAAAGUACCGAACCGCACGAAGAUAGUGGUGCCGCACGGGAAAAUGGUGAGGAUGGUGAUGACGAAACCAAAUCGGACGGUACGGAAGGUGAACAGGAAGCAGCCGGUUUCAAGCUGUCGAAUUGUCUGGACUACGUCAAGUCCGGGAUGGAAGCGAUCAUCGAGGAUCAAGUGACGAGCCGGUUCCUGGCGGAGGAGCUCAAAAAUUGGAACCUAUUAACGCGUACCAACCGGCAGUACGAGUUUAUCAGCUGGCGGCUGACAGUAAUAUGGAUGAUCGGAUUUUUAAUACGAUACUUCAUCCUGAUGCCGAUGCGGGUGCUUAUUUGCUUCAUCGGGGUGGUCUACUGUGUGAUUGGCUUCGCCUUCGUGGGCAUUCUUCCGACAUUCCGACUGCGCCGUGCCAUGAAUGAUAUGGUGUUCAAGCACACGUUCCGUAUGAUAACGCGCUCCAUUUCCGGCGUGGUGCGGUUCCACCACCCGGAGUACAAACCGAAAACCUGUGGCUUCUGCGUGGCCAACCAUACGACACCGAUUGACAUAGCGAUCCUUUCCACCGAUUGCACCUAUUCCCUGAUUGGCCAACGUCAUGGAGGAUUUCUUGGUGUGCUUCAGCGUGCCUUGGCAAGGGCCUCACCACAUAUCUGGUUCGAGCGGGCUGAAGCUAAGGAUCGGAUAUUGGUUGCAAAGAGACUAAAGGAGCACGUAACAGAUCCGAACAAUCCACCGAUUCUGAUCUUCCCCGAGGGUACUUGUAUUAACAACACAUCCGUUAUGCAGUUCAAAAAGGGCAGCUUUGAAGUUGGUGGUGUCAUCUAUCCAGUGGCCAUCAAAUACGAUCCACGGUUUGGUGAUGCUUUCUGGAACAGCUCGCGAUACUCGAUGAUGCAGUAUCUUUUCCUCAUGAUGACGUCGUGGGCGAUCGUGUGCGAUGUCUGGUAUCUGCCCCCGAUGGAACGUAAUGAGGGUGAAUCGGCGAUCGAUUUCGCCAACCGCGUGAAGCGCGUCAUCGCCGACCAAGGCGGUUUGGUCGAUCUCGUCUGGGAUGGACAGUUGAAGCGUUCGAAACCAAAGAAAGAGUGGAAGGAAAAGCAGCAGGAGAAGUUUAGUAAACUGCUAAAAGGCGAAUGACAGACGGCCUAGCGAUCACCGUACCGAUCCCGAUGGCACCGAUCGUCGACGGAUCGAAACAGCAAUGCGAAAGUUACAACACCUCCAGAUGAGGUG